AGAGAACGGCUGAUUUCUGAUCGACCGCUCAAUCAACUACUCACUGUCAGCAUGAGUCAUCCGAACUGCAAACGACCGAUCGCGUAUCGAAUAAUUUACGAGGACAACUACUGCCGUUUACUGCGUUCAUGUUUAGUAAUCAAGCGUUACUUCUUCCCAACUGCGAAAGAUAAAGUAAUUACCAUUGAUGAGAUUAAACGCGUAUUCUUCAAAAAGCAAGAGACACCUGCGGAUUUGUUCAAAGCCAAAGAUUGGGGAAUGACUGCAUCGCCGAUCUGGUGGGCAUGCGAUUUUGCAAGAGGAUUUCAUGGUAAAGAUACGAAUUACUAUAACGUCGUAAUCGAUACGGGUACUCGUAUAAUGAAGGGCUUCUCGGUGGUGAGCAUUGGUGAUUUCCUAUCGCAAUUAAGACCGUUGGUGGACAACGACAAAUUCGUUUCGGAUAGGUUACCGUCAUGCGCCGAUCGUGUUAUCAACAAAGACACUCCGCAGCAAUCUUUAAUCGAAAAUGGUAAUGGCAAUCAGGUGAAUAACGUUUGCAAUAAGAGGGAUAUGAAUGCGAACGAUAGUGACAGCGAUGGUACUGUUAGCAAUACGGAUAACGAAAGUGACGACAAUAAUAUCAAUGUUGGCAGUGAUAAACUUAACGAUAGUAACAAUAGAACUGUUGAUAUCAAAUUAGAAGCCUAG